GGUGGGGAGCUGAUUUUCUAAAAUUUCUGAACGUCCCAGUUUGCAGUUUUUCCUUUUAACCAAAAGAUCUUGAUUCUUGUGGUCCUGUCGCUGACUGCCUUAAAUUUGCUUAUUACAAAACAAACGUUACAAAUAAAAAUAUAUGAUUAAGGAAAUAUAAUGAUUAAUUUUUUUACUGCGGUGUUGAUUUUAAUUCCAAAUCUCUACUAAGCUGUUACAACUGAGCAGAUGUUAAAGCCAGUCUGUAGUGACUAUACUUGAUAUCAAUCUAUUGUAUUCCUACACAACAUUCUACAUAAUUUAGGUUUCAAAAUUGCUUGUUUUACGUCUUUAAUAAACAUUUUAUCCUAAUUUCAUUGACUACCGUACUCCAGCAUUAUAUUGCAAACAUAUCAAGUUUGAUUUAUUCGAGGUGAUUGCCAGUUUAGUGUUAUUAAACAAGGUUUAUAGGUUCGAAAGUUUUGUGUUGUGAUCUUUGUUAAAAAAUUAUAAUUGUUAAGUGUUGUGAAUAUUUGGAAUAACCAGCUGCAGUUUGAAUAAAUUUUAUUCUGCAUUGAAAUUGGAUAAAAAAUCUAUGAGAUUUGCCCAGCUGUUGAACAGACCAACUUCUAGUGGGACAUCAAAUCAAAAUAAAAUUGUUUCCAGCGAUUGAACCAAUUGACAGACUAUUAUUCGAAUCUGAUAUGAAUCAAGCUAGUGGACUGGACUAAUUCUUUGAUCUUCAAAUCUUUGUUUCAUCUUUUCAAGUGCUGCUGAUUAGAUAUUCAACUUGAUCUGAACCAUUGAAUCUCGUAACGGAAAGAAAGUGUUGUCUACAAUAAAAUAGAGGGACGUGAGUUUGCCAUUAAACAUCCACUGCAAGUUACCAUAACCUCAAAUCUUCACAAUUGACCUUGAGACGUCAGAAUCAGAAAUAAUCUUCAAACUUCAGAAAGGACGUCAACUUAAAAACUAUCCUUGAAACUUUGUAAAUGAAUACAAAGUCUUACAGAUAACCUUGAAACCUCAAGAAUUCCCUAACAAUAACCUCGAAACCUUCAGAAUAAUUACUUCAUAACCUACCUCAAAAACAUCAGAAUUAACUUGAAAACUCCAGAAGAACUUUGAGUUCUGGUGAAUAGUGGAAGAACAUUGAACUAGACCUAGAAACUCGACUGAACAUUGAAAGUGAGGUUAGUUCAACUAUUGGAAGCAAUCCCAACUGGCAACUGGAUUGAACAGCUGAGCUCUGUUUAGCAAAACUAUCUUCAGUUCUUCUGUGUUGAGUAUUUGUACACCAAUUGUUGACAGAAGCAUUUACACAAAACCUUCAGAGAUUCCACAACAGGUGUGAUAGAUAAAACUACAAUUCUACGACUGUAGAUCAGACCAAUCCUCAGUUCUUCAGUAUUAACUGUGUUGAAUAUUUGUACAACAGAAUCAUUCACGCAAACCAAUCUGAAAGUCUACAACAUCCCUUACAGUUGGUCAAACCAAUUCAGUUCUUCAGUAUCAACUGUGGUGAAUAUUUGUACAACAGAAUCAUUCACACAAAACAAUCUGAAAGUCUACAGAAUCUGUGAUAGAUAUUUGUGAGCCAAACUGUUCGCAUUUGUGCAAUAUCAAAGGUGUUGAAUAUUUGAGACUCAGCUGCUGAAAAGAAUAUUGAGCCUAAAUCUUGUUGUUUUGCAAGUAUGUUUUUGUGUGUGCAAAUUGGCGCCCAACAGGUGGGCCUGCUGAAAUAAAAUUUGAGGUUAGGUGGUUUGUGGUAAUUGAGGUUAGGUUUUCAUCCAGCAGCCUACCACACUCCCCAUCACAUGUGUAUAAGGUUUCACAGUUUUAUCUUGAACGAAGUACGGACUACCCGGAGAUCUAUAUUGAUAUCAAAUUUGGUACAUUCGCGCUGGCACUGUUACGAUUUUACAUCUCUAUUUCGUUAUGUGCUCUACGAAGAUCCUUUCGAGGUUUGGUGAUAAUUAACCAUUAAACAAUUCAACACCACCCCACAAACACUUAUUACCUUUGCAAUGCCAAGUGAUUAAUUAUUAUUAGUUAGACUACUUAAAUGUUUAUAGACUACUUAACAAUUGAUUAGUUCUACGCAUAAUUUCUGAUCUCAUUUAGUUUUUAUGUGAGAGGCACAAUGUGGUCUAGUUUUUUAUAUUUAUGGCUGUGCUUAUAGUUUAAGAAACAUCAAUUGUUUGUUUUGUACAGAGCUACCGGUUGCUAAAGUGAUCAGCAAUACAUAUUAUUAUAUAUAUACAGAAUAUAUAUAUAUAUUAUAGUAAUUUAGAGGGCGCUUCUGUGAUUUUUGAUCAGAGAAAUACUACCAUCAAAGGUGCAAUAUUUGAAGAGUUCUGGUGGAUCUACCAACUUGAAGACAAGAGAGGUGAAAAAAAGUUGGAAAAAUCUUGUGGAGCUCUCCAAAAAUAACCAGAAAAUUUUAGAAAAAAGUUCUAUCUAGAAGACAAGCAUCUAGCAAUAACAAGACCAUCAAGGUAGAAAAUAAGUUGAUGUGCAAGGAAUUGCAAGGAUUAUCUGGGUGAAUUGUCGAGAAACAGUCUUAGAUUUGAUACAGUUAUCAUCUAUUAGAGUUGUUUUUCAUAAGAGACUAUUUGUUGAACGUUGAAGAAUUAAUAACAUCCCAGUAUUAUUAGACCUGCAUUUCCCAAACAUUUGCACCUAUUUUUGAGGCACCUGAAGAUCUUCCCAACUUUGCCCAAAUUGGAGAAUCUCGCAUUCAUUCUUGAGGUACAAAAAACAUCCUUCAGCAUUUUCCAAUUAUCAGAUCUGCAGUUGCUGGUAAUUGCAGUUAAUUCGGUUUGUAGACUCUACUGAGAAUCUCAAGACUUUUCAACUAAAACAUCUGUAGUUUCUUCUGGAAUUUGACUCGGAGGGGGCAAUACAACAUAUAACUUCUGAGGCCCCAAAAGUUUCCUUCUACCAGAACAUCUGCUGUAUUUUCUGGAAUUUUACUCUGCAGCAAUAGAACCCAUAACUUCUGAAGGACCAAAAGUGUUAUUCUACCAGAACAUCUGCAGCUUCUUCAGGAAUUUGACUUGAGGGAAUACAACCUAUAGCUGCUGAAACACCAAAAAGGUUCUUCAACCAAACCAUCUGCAGUUUCCUCUAGGAUUUGUCACCAAGGCAAUUCUACGCUAAAGCAAGUGGGAAUGGUAUACCUGUUGGAUGAUUGGGGUAUGGGAGAUUCUCAACUGUUGAGAACCAGCAAUAGCUCAGUGCACCAUUUGCAAGUCCAGCACAAUGUUGUCAGCAACUCGUUCCUCAACCAUCACCAUCAUCAUCAGCAGCAGCAGCAUGGAAACCGCAGACAUCUGGACUCGGAUGACUUUGGACAUGAUGCCGAUGACGAUGAUGAUGGAGAGGAUGAUGAGGAAGAGGAGGAGGAUGAUGAGAUAUCACUGUUUCCCCUGAAGAAUCAGGUUGGAGGACAUACUAGACUUUUGCUACUAGAUCAGUCUACAAUAUGCAAACCUCUCAACCCGAGGGAGCUGCACUUUUACCAGAACAUUCCUCACGACAUUCAGAUGUUUGUUCCAAAGUACAAGGGUGUAAUGCAGGCGACAAGCAGUGGCAACAUGAAGCUUGACAAACGCUACUCGCCACAUUUCCGGCAAUCGGAUGGCAACCGACGCAGCAAACGUGACGCAAACGGAGACGUACUGCGCAUGCGCGUCACUAGUCGAGUGAUGACGUCACCGCCGCCGCCAGAUAGCGCCAACAAGCAGUACUUCCUGCUGUUGGAGAACAUCACGUCGACUUACAGCAACCCGUGCAUCCUGGACCUGAAGAUGGGAACUCGGCAACAUGGGGAUGACGCGUCGGCCGAGAAGAGAUCAAAGCAGAUGGCCAAAUGUGCCGCUAGCACCUCGGCGUCGCUGGGAGUCCGGCUGUGCGGAAUGCAGGUGUACCAAGCCGACACGGACAGCUAUAUCAAACGGGACAAGUAUUGGGGGAGAGAAUUGGACGAGGGAGGUCUUAAGAGUGCUCUCUAUAGGUUUUUCCACAACGGGUAUUCAUUGAGGCGGUCGGCAGUGCAGAGAGUGAUCGGCAGACUGGAAAAGCUCAGACGGGUCAUUGAGAAGCAGAGUAGCUAUCGAUUCUAUUCAUGCUCUCUGCUUGUAGUCUACGACGGCAGUAUACGGCCUCCUCACUCCUCCUCACUGUUGGACCUGGAUCCCAGUGACGAUGGUACCCGUGAUUCUGAGGAGGAGGAAGAGGAUGAGGAGGAGAGUGCAGGAGGGAGUAGUGGAGGGGAUGAUUUGCUGAAACAUGGGAGAUUUGGAGAGACUGCCGCUCGUUCAUUUUAUCCUAUAUCUGAAGAGACUAUGGAUGUUAGUGCGAUGUCAAGUAGUCCAUCAUCACCAUACACAAUGUCGCCGAUGUCAGUUGACAGCAACAACUGUUGGUACCACCCGAAUGGGCGUGGUCAUGGUGGGGGGCGUGGCUUGGGAGGCGUGGCUUCAGCCGCUCUAACUGACUCCGCCCCUCAUUUGCACCGCAGCAGCCGCCAUCUUGGCGAGGAGUGUUCCUCUUCAGAAGAUGCAUCUUCAUCAUCGCUCAGCACAUUUAAUCUGCUGACAUCGCAGACAACAAUGGCUGCUGCCAAGCGACGCAACGAUGUGAUGUUACACAGAAUGGAGGAAGAAGACGAUGACAGCAAUCAAUGCGACACCCUCUACCAUAAGUCCAAACCCAUCUGCGACACUCUUCCUUCGACAAAACGCAAAUGCUCCGACAACCUGGCACCACACCAGGUCACCGACAAACUGUUACCCUAUCAGGACAAACUAUUCCACCACCUUGACACAGUCCCCGACAAACUGUUACCACUCCAGGACACCGACAAACUGUUCUACAAUCCCGACAAACUAAUUCACCACCUUGAAUCAGUCCCCAACAAGUUGUUACCCCUUCAGGACACCGACAAACUGUUCCACCACCUUGACACAGUCCCAGACAAACUUGAGGAACCGGACCAGUUGCCCACUAGGUCACUGCCCACCAAUGUACCCAAGACCAAUAAUCGUAGAGUGGUGGCCAGAUCGAACACAGCUCUUGCAAUCGAGCCGCAAGUCGAUGUCAGAGUGAUUGAUUUUGCGCACACCACAUUCAGUACAAGGCGUGGAUCGUCAACUGCUGGAAGUGCAUUGAAUAAUGGGACGGUCCAUCAUGGGCCAGAUUGUGGAUUCUUGACCGGGUUGGAUAGUUUGAAGCGGUUGUUGAUGGAGAUACUGAGCGAUGAUGCCGAGCUGUAGAGGGUUGUUGAGUAGGUUUUGAGGUUAUGUGAGGAAAUUUUGAGGUUAGGUAAGGAAAUUUAAAGGUUGGGAUUUGGUUGAGACAAGUUGUGGGGAAAUUUUGAGGUUUAGUGAGGAGAUUUGAAGGUUGGGAUUGAGUUGAGACAAGUCAUGCAAGGAAAUUUUGAGGUUAGAUGAGAAGAUUUAAAGGUUAAGAUUCGGUUGAGACAAGUUAUGCAAGGAAAUUUUGAGGUUAGAUGAAGAGAUUUAAAGGUUGGGAUUUGGUUGAGACAAGUUGUGGGGAAAUUUUGAGGUUUAGUGAGAAGAUUUUGAAGGAUGGGAUUGAGUUGAGACAAGUUAUGUGAGGAUAUUUUGUGGUUAGGUGAGGAGAUUUGAAGGUUGGGAUUGAGUUGAGACAAGUCAUGCAAGGAAAUUUUGAGGUUAGGUGAGGAGAUUUAGAUGUUUGGAUUUGAUUGAGACAAGUUAUGUAAGAAAAUUUUGAGGUUAGGUGAGGAGAUUUAAAGGUUGGGAUUUGGUUGAGACAAACUAUGUGAGGAAAUUUUGAGGUUAGGUGAGGAGAUUUAAAGGUUGGGAUUUGGUUGAGACAAGUUGUGAGGAAAUUUUGAGGUUAGGUGAGGAGAUUUAGAUGUUGGAAUUGAGUUGAGUCAAGCAAGUUAUGUGUGGAAAUUUGAGGUUAGGUGAGAAGAUUUAAAGGUAGGGAUUGAGUGGGGACAAUUCGAGGUUAGGUUAGAAGAUGGAAGUUGUUGUGGAAUUGGAUAUGUUGAAACAAUAUCAUGGAGAAAAGAUAGCAUAAGAAGAUAUGUCGUGGUAUAGGCCGUGAAAUACAAGUUGAUGAAUUUGUUAAUGGAGGUAUUGAGUGGUGAUCCUAAAUUGAAGAGAUCAUCAAUAAUCAAUCAAUAAUAUUCUUUCAACUCAAUGCAAAACACACAAAAUAAAUCAAAAUUGGGUUGAGUUUCUUCGAGGUUGAGUAUGAGACUAGAAGAUGGCCUACAUUAUUUUUGGAGUUUGAAAGAAACUGCAAUGUAUUUUGAGGUAAAGUGGUAUGUAAAUGUAUUAGAAGUUUCAUGACAUUUUGGUGGUUUGAGGUUAGGUAUGAUGAUAGAACGGAAUCUGGUGUUCAAAUUUUGGAAGAGAGAGAGAGAAGGUUUUGAAAGAGGAGGAGAAAUUUUGGAAGGAAGAAAGAGAAAUUUUGGAAGGAAGAAAGAGAAAUUUUGGAAGGAAUAAAGAGAAAUUUUGGAAGGAAGAAAGAGAAAUUUUGGAAGGAAGAAAGAGAAAUUUUGGAGUUUGAGAAGAGUUCAUAGGUUUGGAGAAAGUACCUUAGAAAGAAGUCUAAGAGAGGUUUGAGAUGAAGGCUAUAAACCAUCAACACAAUUUUUUGAAAUUUUCAUGAGCUUUAGAGAGUUUAUGCCAAGAGAUAACCUCAAACUGUAGUGCAAAUAAUUGGAAAUAUUUUGGAAAAUGGAGAGAUUUGUAUAAAAUGAGGUAGUUGAAGGAAUAUUUUUGAAAACAGUUGAUAACCGAGGGUAAGAAAAAUGGUUUUGUAUGAUAUUAGAUGGGAUAACUAUUUUUGAAUGUAGGUACAACAUGAUUUGACUGAAAAUUAUGAAGCUAUGAAAAAGGAUAGUCAAUUUGUAGAUAAGGGCCCUGUUAUAUC